AUUUAUGGAAGACCCACACUUUUUGCCCAACUCACACUUCUCGGUAAGAUAAAGCAUUAACACUGAUUCUUCCCAUCAGAGCGAGAAGUGUGAAUGAGCGGAAAGCGGAAAUGCUGGAAAAUGUUUUGACACAGAAACCACAAAAGAUGUCAUCGUCUGAAUAUGAUGUUUUGACUGAUCUUCUGGUAUCGAAGGAUAACGAGAUUAAAGAAACACUCAAGGUGGCUGCAGCCCAAGCAGGAGUUGAAUCUAAAAUAACAGCACUUCGGGUGCAAGUAGAGAAACAAGAUCAAGACAUCCAGUCACUUCAGAAGCAACUUAAAGAAGCAGAGCAUAUUCUGGCGACUGCGAUCUUCCAGGCGAAGCAAAAAUUGCAAUCAAUCGCAAAGGCAGCCAAAAGACCGGUGCAAUCGGAAGAGUUAAUUAAGUUCGCACACAGAAUUAGCUCCACUAAUGCAAUUUCCGCUCCAACCACAUGGGUACCUGGAGAUCCUAGAAGACCUUAUCCUACAGAUAUUGAGAUGCGAAUGGGAUUCCUUGGAAGAUUGGGUGAUGUUCCAGUCGGCGCCAGUCACAUCAUAAUGGGCAGCCCUGCUCACCUUGGGGGAGCAAUACCUGAAGGCCCCAGUUAUAGAGGGUCAGGCCAGCAAGAACCCAUUAUGGCAUCUCAUCCACACCAGUUUUCUUGGCAGUCAGGUGAACUGCACAUGCUGUUAGGAGGUCCCGGAGGCGCUAGUGCAUCUGUACCCAUGGAAACAGGGGGAAGGGGUAAUUACCAGGGCAAGGACACAAGCCAAGACACGGUGGAGGUGAUGAGUACAGACAGCUCUUCUUCCUCAUCCAGCGAUUCACAAUGAGCUUUCUACAGCGCUACUAAACAUUUAACUUAUAAAUUUGUGCAUUUAUCAUGUUUUCUGUA